AUGAUCGUGGUCUCCUUGAUUUCUGUAUUCUCUUGGCCUGACUCAUCACCUUGGGAAGUGACAAGUGAGAAUUGGGUCUUUGACCUAAAAGCGGGAGGAGGUUCUUGGAAAAAGGCUGAUCUAACUCCACCAGACUCUUCUCCUCCUCAAGUGCCUCUCAGAGGGGGAGUGUGUAUCGAUGGGGUUAUAUAUUACCUAGCUUGGAUUGAUUUUAAAGCAGUGGUUGUGAGUUUCAACAUUAGAUCCGAAGAAUUCAACAUGAUCCAAGUACCUCCCAGGGACGGUGACGAGGAUUUGAAUUUUACGAAUAAUUUGGGUAUUUUGGAGCGUGGUGGAAAAGGUGUGGUGGCUUUAUGGACUCUGGAAGAUGUCGGGAGCAAGAAAUGGUCGUGCAAGAGUCGGAUGCAUUUGGUCAGUAGCAUUACAUUUUUGAUAAGAGGUACAACUCAAAAGGGCAAGGUUCUCUUGAAACCCGAGAAGUUGCUUUCUCCCUUUCACAUUCUUUGCUACGAUCUACAAAGCAAUGAUAUGAGAAAGAUUGAAAUCAAAGGUAUUCCAGACCACUGGUUUGGGGUGGACAAAAAUAGCCUAGUUGCUAACUUGAUGUUCAUGGACCAGAGUGAGAGCGUCAGAGGUGAAGAGGAAACAAUCGACCAGCAUCUAAAACAGCUUGCUGCAUUGCUGAUCUCUAAGAUGCCAUAG